UCAGGUGAUCAGAUCUUAAACCGCAUUGUAAAUAGACAGGAGGAAUCCAUGGGAGGCAUGCCUCCUUCGUAGUCUUUUCAAGAACACUCCGAAAAGGUCACUCAUUCCCUCUCAGGGACUUUUUAUCACCCACUAAGGUUUCCAUACACUUCUGCUUCGUUUCGUGGCGCCCAAGUGCUGACCAACAACAUGUACCGGUCCCUGUACGCCUUCCGAUCGGCGGAGCCCAACUCGCUGCACUUCGCGGCGGGAGAGAGCUUCCUAAUCCUGGAGAGGAGCAACAAACACUGGUGGCUUGGCUCACGCUGCAGCUCGGGGGAGACUGGCUACAUCCCUUCCUCGUACAUCGAAAAGAUUCAGGCUCCCGAGCAAGAUGAAGUGUUGCAGUCCAUUGACAGGGCCAUUGAAGGCAUCCACAAUAUUGCCUUAAAAAAUGGAGGAAAAUACAAUCUGGAACAGCGGGAUGUCCUCCAAAAGUUGAUCCAUCACAGAAAGGAGACGCUUGCCCGGCGGAGCGUAGCAGGACACUCGCAAGGCCUCCCGGCAUCCAACAGUGAAAUAUCUCUCAGCCAAACUCCUCCCCUGCACAACGGUCUUCACCGAGACUACGCAAGACAGGGAGGCAUUCCCAUAUCAGGAAGCAUGGACAACAUGCAAGGAGAGCCGGGCUUUUAUCAGGUGCCCCCGCAGCCUCGCCGCGCCGCUCCAAUCACGCCACCGCCACCUGAGAAACAGCGCAACAGCCGGCGUCCAGAACUGGACAUCCCUUCCAGAUUGUCUUCUCUCCCUCCAUCCCCGGUCCCCUCUCUCACAAUCAGCAGCACCUCUUUAGAGUCUGCAGUGUCAUCCGACGUCAGCCUGCCAAGCGUUUCCAGCACCCCACCUCCCCCGAUACCAUCCCGCGUUAAGCCUGCCGCGCCUUCAGAGUCUCCCGCUCAGUCAGCCCCAGCCAAGAAGAGCCCGGCGCCACAGCCUCCUCAGCCCCCCGCCGCCGAGGAGGAGCAUCCGGAGAACGAGUGGCCGGUCGCCCCACCGUCAGUUGCUGAAAGCCACCCCGACGGUUCCUCCGAGCCGGUUCCACCAAGCAUCGGGGCCGAACUGAUCGAGCUGGUCCGGAAGAACACGGGCUUAAGUUACGAGCUGUCACGAGUCGCCGUCGGGGUGGUGGUGGGCCACCUCCAGACCACCCUGCCUCAUUCCUCCUCCGCCCUGGAGCGAGUUCUCCUGUCGCUGGUGGAGAGCAAGGACCUGGGGGCUGCGUUGCCACGAGGUCAGCUAUGUCACGAUGAGCAACGGCUGGAGGUCAUCUUCGGCGACCUGGCCCGCCACCGGGACGACUCCCAGCAGCGCAGCUGGGCGCUCCACGAAGACCACGCCCUCAUUGCGUGUUACCUCGAGGAGCUUCUCAAGAUACUGACUGAUGCCGAUCCCGAGGUGUGUAAGAGGAUGUGCAAGUCCAGCGACUAUGAGAAUGUGCACUCCCUGGUUUCCUAUUAUCAGAUGGAGCUUCGCGUGUCUUUGCGGCUGCUGCUACUGAAAGUGUUUGGCGCCAUGUGCAGCCUUGACGCUUCUCUCAUCUCCACCCUCCUCAACUCCAUCCUCCCGAUGGAGCUCGCCAGGGACUUGCAGACCAACGCGCAAGAGCACCAGAAGAUGUGUUACACAGCCUUGGUACUUACUAUGAUUUUCUCAAUGGGGGAACAGGUGCCAUAUCAUCACUAUGAGCACUUGAAUGGCGACUUUGUUCAGUUCCUGCUGGAUGUGGUGGAGGACGGACAUCCCACGGACCCCACGGAGCAGUUGCCUGACCUCUUCCUCAACCUGCUGCUGGCCUUCAACCUCCACCAUACAGCGCCGAGCAACAACGCCAUCAUGCAGCAGCUGAGGAAGAAGAAUGUCAAAGUUCUGUCCGAAAAAGUGCUGCUGCUCCUCAACCGAGGAGACGACCCCGUGUGUAUGUUCAAGCACAUGCCGCCCGCGCCUCACGCCGUGCUCAAGUUCCUGCAGGAUGUCUUCGCUAGUCAAGAGACAGCCGACAUCUUUUACCGCACCGACAUGAUGGUGAUGAUUGACAUAGCGGUGCGGCAGAUCUCUGACCUUUCACCCGGAGACAAGCUCCGGAUGGAGUACCUCUCCCUCAUGCACUCCAUCGUGCGCUCAACAGAUUACCUGGAGCACCAGCACCGGCUCUCUGACCUACAGGGGGCGCUGCAGAGGAUACUGAAGGAGGAGGAAGACCCUGGGGAGGAUGAAGGGAGCGCUACGGCCAAACAGAUGGAUAAGCUCAUUGUGCAACAGAUCUACAAGGAGUUCCCGCAGAUCAGCACGGGCCAAUACUAACUCAUCAUAGCAGGAUUGCAAGGGUUGCUGCUAGGGGGAAAAAAAAAAUAACACUUUGGGCCCUGUCGCUUAAAUGCCGCGAAUGGAAAAUACUACUUUCUAUGUCCCCGUUCAGUAUUACUCAUAUCACACAGUGUAGUACACUGCAAGGAAGUGCGAUAGGGAAAAGUGAUACCCUGAAUGGUGGAAGGCGUAGUCACUUAUGCAGGUAUAUGCCGGUGUUUCCCUGGACUUGAUGUCCACUGCUGCAGCAUGCAUGGGAUGUGGUAGAAUUUGUUACUAUUAUUUGGGAAUGGUGUGUUUCUAUGAUUGAAUGAGGGAAUAGCAUGACAAAUGCCCCAAAACAGCGAGUUCAAAGUUUGAGAUACCGAAAUAUAGGCCAAACUUACAUAGUUUGACUUGUAAGCAAUAAUGAGCCUCAGUAAAAUGCAUCCAGUUUUCUUCUAUUAAAGUAAUAGAAACCAUGUGUUGAACAUAUUCUAACCAAAAUGCACUCAACCAUUUGCGAUUGUGCCAUGUAACGACGGUGUCGGCGCUCAGAGCAGUAUUUUCCUUACAAAAAUAAUAAUAGAGUAUAUUCUCUUGAAACUGACUUUACGUGCUUUACCCCACCCAACCCCAAGGUGCUUCAUCACUUCAUCAAACGCCAUUGGGGAAAAAAGUAGAACAAGAUAAACUGGUUGAGUGUUCCUGGCAAAUAAGCUUCUCGACAAGUACCUUGUCUUGUGCGCUCACUUACUCAAAGAAUCACAAGCAUCAGGGUAUUUCACUGUGUAUCUUAACAAAAUAGAGCAUUUUAGUCCACAGUGCUGCAUUUCACAUGCAAUAGAGCUUUGUAGCUUGGUUCUGCAGCCAUGGUCUUCAACAAACUGCUGCAUUUCCUUUUACUGAAAUUCAUAUCGAAUAAUUUAACACAAAUGUCCUUGAUUUAUUUACAUUGUGUUGUCAUUGGUAGUGUCCUGUCAUAUUACAAGUUAAUAUAUGUCUGGUUUAUUGGUCUGGGAAAAUCUCUUGAACGGUAAACGUAAUCCUAAAAUGAUACCUAAUAUUUUAUUUUUGUAUUGCGUUCAAACAUCUAUUCAUCAGUUAUGUUUGUUUACAGCCAGCGUUAGUGAGAUGAACAUCUCCCCUUCCUUAACUAAAGUAACAUGCUCUAAGAGACUAAUAAAGAUAUUUUAAAAGUG